AUGGUCGACAAAGGGAGGUUCGUGGAGCUCUUGAAGGGCCUACAGACUCCGGACAACUCCGUUCGACAGCAAGCAGAAACCAUGUAUCAGCAGGCGAAGCAGGAUGAGCCAGACAAUCUCAUCAUUGGAAUGAUGACCGUCCUGGGUAGCCCGGAGGUGGACGAGGGUGUGCGAAGGCACGAUUGCGUGCUCCUUCGGCAGCUGGUCACCCGGGGGUCUGAGAAGGAUUUUGUGUACGCCAGGAUAUCUGACGCUCACAAGCAGGAGGUUGCCAAUGAGCUCCUGCGGCGAUAUGAGCAGGAGAAAUCCUCAGCGAUGCAGAAGAAGAUUGGCGAGGUGGUGUCCAAAUUGGCGGAGUAUGUUUGCGACAAGGAUGAUCCUCGAGGAAGUCUGGCACCAGGGAACCCUUCUGGUUGGCCUGCCUUGCUGCCACAGGUCUUCAGAAUGGCAGAUACCAGCACAGCCACUUCUGUGGAGAGCUGUGAGUCUGCGCUGCGACUCUUGAAGGACUGUGUUCCCACGCUCAAAGAGCAGAUUGUGGAAGCGAGGCAGCAGCUCGGACAGAUCAUCCAGAAUGGAUUGGCAUCUCCACAGGUCAAGCAUAAAGUUGCGACCUUCCUGCUGGUCUGUGAGAUUGUGACGGAGACUGAAAAGAAAGGCGCCACGCGGAAGAGUCAGACCGCCAGCAAACACCUUCCGCACAUGCGGAAGAUGACUCUGGAGAAGCCAUUCUGUGCGGAAGCGAUGUGUGAUCUUCGCCUGGAUGACAACUUGGCUUUGAAGGCAGCAACUGAGGGAGCUCAAUCAUUCUUGCCGAUCUAUGUCUUUGAUCCAGAGAAGUUCAACACCCCAACCUUGGCAGGUGCUCGGAAGAGCAGCGCUCGUCGUGCUCGUUUCCUGGUGGAGAGUGUGCAGUGCUUGCGCCACAAACUGGAGCAGGGAGGGUCUGGACUCGCUGUUGCUCUGGGUCCUCCACAGGAGGUGAUUCCGAAGCUUGCUGAGAGCUGUGCCAGCGUUACUGUCACGAAAGGCUUCUGCAGUGAAGAACAGCAAGAGGAGCAUUUGGUGUCCAAGCGCUUGAAAGCGGGUGCUGAGCUACGAUCGGUUUGGGGUGGCACACUUUACAUGCCCGAGGAGUGCGGGCAGAACCCUGCCAGCACGCCCUUGCUGUUCACAUCCUUCAAGAACAAGGCCGAAGGCCGGGGACACAUCCGUGCGCCUGUGAGUGCGCCAAAGCAGUUGCCGCCAGUGCCCAACUUGGGAGAACUGAAGGAGGCACUGAGCUUUCUUCCCACGCUUCAGCAACUGGGCUAUGAGAAUGAAGAAGUGGAAGAAGCUCUACGCGAUGAUCCCAGAGGCGUGCUGCCCUUUCAAGGCGGAGAGGAUGCAGCUUUGGCCAGGCUGCAAAAGUGGAUGUUCGAUGAUAACCACCUGAAAGAUUACUUUGACAUUCGGAAUGGCAUGCUGGGUGAAGGCUUCUCGUCCAAGCUCAGUCCUUGGCUGGCCCUCGGCUGCAUUUCCCCGCGCCGCAUUUGGGCUGAGGCGAAGCGCUAUGAGACGGAAAGGAGAAUCCAGAACAAGUCCACCUACUGGCUUGUAUUUGAGCUCACUUGGCGGGACUUUUUCAUCUACAUGGCCUGGAGUCAGGGAGAUAAAAUCUUUCUACCUGGCGGCAUCACAGGAGACAGGACUGCAUGGAGGGGCUCCAAGGACAAGCUGCAAAGGUGGAAGGAAGGAACAACUGGCGACCAGCUGGUGGAUGCCAACAUGCGUGAGCUGAAGGCCACAGGCUUUAUGAGCAAUCGUGGCAGACAAAAUGUCGCUAGUUUUCUGAUCUUUGACCUGGGUGUGGAUUGGCGUCAUGGUGCAGCCCACUUUGAGGAGCUGCUCUUGGACUAUGAUCCCUGCUCCAACUGGGGGAAUUGGGUGGCUGCUGCGGGCCUCACAGGACAGCGGAUCAACAAGUUCAACACGAGGAAGCAGCUGCAAGACUAUGACCCCCACCGGGAGUAUGUGAAUCACUGGCUCCGGGGUGAUGGGCGAAAAGUCCAGACACAGACCGUGCUGACUUUUCAGCCGGCACGAGAGGAAGGCACGAACAACGGGCCGGAAGGUAAGAGAGGUUUGUCGCAGAACGGUCGCUACCAGAUUUCGACGCCGCGACAUGAAGAGAUUCUGCAGGUCCUGACCGCACUGGCACAAGCCAAAGAGGAGGAUUUGCUGCAAGAAUGCAUUCAGGCCUUCACCGAUGUUGCAACUGUCGAGCCGGACUUCUUCAAGGCACAGCUGGCGCAGAACUUGGAGCCCGCCAAGUUCAUGGCGACCGUCGCCCGGACGCGAGAGGCCUGCGAGUCUGGCUUGCGUGGUUUGGCCAUUGAGUGGCUGGUGAGCUAUGUGGAGAAGAGGCACAAGUUUCUCAGCAAAUCGGCCCCGGAUUUCAUCAAUCUCACCUUGGAGUGCUGCAUGAGCCUGAUGCUCGAAGUGGACGAUUCAGAAGAGAAGCUCAAGGUGGAAGACGUGCCUUUGGAUGAUGAUAGCACCAGCGAGGGAGGCUCCUGCAUGGUAAAGCAAUGUAUUCAACGAGAGGAAGGCGAAGCUCCAGCACGCGUGUGGGCAUCCAAAGGCAUCACGGGUCUCCUGGAGACCGUAGGGGGACGUCGAGUGGAAGAGGAGGUCCUGGAGAACAGCGUCUUGCUGAACGUGUACGAUGUCAGCGAUAGUGAUGUCAUCCAGAGGGUGAAUCGUAUCUUCACAGCUGAUGACACCGUCCUGGCUGGAGGAGUCUUCCAUGCAGGCGUUGAGGUCUAUGGGAAGGAAUGGUGCUAUGGAGCCACCGUGCCAGGCCGGGUCGCAGUGGAGUGGGCGCUGCCAGAGGCAUGGCGUCUGAAUGGCCUGGAGCCUCUCAAACCACAUGAGCAUAGACGGAGCCCAGACGGGCCUGGAAGCGCUUAUGAUCUCAUCCAUCACAACUGCCUCACGUUUUGCAACGUUCUUCUGGGCGAGUUAGGCUUGCGCCGCAUUCCAGGGUGGGUAGAUCGAGCUGCACGAGCAGCCAGCCAAGUGGAUAAAGCGGUCAAAGCAGUGAGGAGCAUUAGUGCUGAUGAGGUGCAAUUGCAGGCAGAAGAAACCUUGCAAACGCUGAGGCGCGAUUCCCUUGCCGCCCUUGAGGCGGCCAAAGGUGGGACGCAGAAGUUCCUGGAGCGCGUGCAGGAGCAAGCGCAGCAGCCUUUGUCCGAGGCUUCCGAGCUGGCCGGUCGCGCACAGGAACAACUGCAAUCAGUGGGUGCUAGCAUUUGGCAGUGGGGCCAGAGCUUCCAGGAGUCUGUCGGCAUGUCCGAGGCAGCGGUGCCAAACCUGUCCGACAUUGGCAAGAAGGCUGAGGAUAAUUGGCAGUCCUUCUCUGACAGCCUCCGCAGUUGGGGUGAGAACGUCACCAAGGACCUCAAGCAGACGCUGGAAGGGUCGAAGCCCGGAAAGGCGGGUGCCGGUGCCGGUGGCUACCGGACGGAGACGGACCGAGAUGAGCGUGGGACUGCUGGGCUCAUCAAGGCACAGGAGGCCAGCUUGCUGAAGCAGGGCCUUCUGGAGGAUGAGGACGAGGGGGACUCGGAGCACCAGGCGCCGACAUCUUUUCCUACGGGUGCUCAGCAGCGUGACCUUCUAGAUGACUGGGACGCGGCACCUGCGGCGAAAUCCAGUCCACCCGAGGCGAAGGUGGACCUCCUGGCCUGA